AUGUCAGAUUUCGUUGGAAAGACCAUUUCCUUGAUUUCUAAAAAGAAUUUGAGAUAUGUCGGUAUUUUAGAAAAUAUCAAUGCCGACGAUGCUACAAUUGCAUUGAAGUCAGUGAGGAUGUUUGGUACCGAAGGAAGGUUAGGACAACCGCAUUUGGAAGUACCUCCAAGAAAUGACAUUUACGACUAUGUCGUCUUUAGAGGUAAUGAUGUUGACGAUUUAUCGGUUUUGGAUGUUCCUAUUGAGCAAGUGAGACCUGCUUAUCCCCCUAUUGGAACGUCUGGGUUAUAUCCCACACCAACCUCACAACCACAACAACCACCAUACCCCCAACAAUUUCCACCACCGCCUACCACAACUGCAAAUGUGAACCAGCCAGGACCAAGUUCAGCGCAAACUGCAGCAGCACCAGCACCAGCACCAGUGCCAACUCCAAGUGAAACCUCUGCUCCGGUCCCCAGUGAACAACCACAACCCACGAAAACUACUCAAGAGAAGGCACCAACAAAGACUAGCGAUGCUGCGGAACCCGGGUCUUUACCCAAUGUAACAGAAAAGGAAAGUGAGGAUUCAAAGGAGAUUGCACAAUCUCAACCAGGAUCGAGACCGAGACCACCUAAACAGUCAAACUUGGAUUUUGAAGGAGAUUUUGAUUUUGAGCUGUCCAAUGCCAAAUUUCAAAGAGACGUAAAGGAGCAAGAUGACGGACCCAAGUACAACAAGCAGUCCUCGUUCUUUGACUCCAUCUCAUCCUCGACUGAGGAAAGAGGUCACAAUAGGAAUAGAUGGGCAGAGGAAAGGAGUUUGAAUUUUGAUACAUUCGGCGAAUCUGGUGCUAGAGGAAGAGGAAGAGGAAGGGGUAGAGGCAGAGGCAGAGGCGGUAGAGGGAGUGGAAGGGGAAGAGGUGGCAGAGGAAAUUGGAGGGGUAGAAGCGAGCCAACACCUGAAUGGGCGUAA